AUGAAGAUCAGGAAGCAGGCUACAGCGCGGCAUGAGUCCACCUUGUCGCCCAUGAUAGCAGAGUUUGUACGAGCCACCGAGUCGAUCCCGUUGUAUCAGCUGCCUGCCCACCUAGCUUCGUUCCCCAAGCAGUGGCCGUUUCCUCGAGGAGAUGCCUAUCACUGGAUACCUGUGCUGAACCGUUUCGACCGCAUACUAGAGCUGUUCAACCAGGAGUACGGACUUGUCGAGGGGCCGCAAACACAGCCUUUCCAGCGGCGGUUACUGCUGAAGGGCGAUGCGGAGGAGGGCAACUCAAGCACCAGUGCCGAAGCCGGUACCACCGACGCCGUUCUGGAGACCCUGCACAUCUCACAGGAUGGCGAUCGUGAGCUAGUCGAGCAGCUCCUAAGCUUCACCCGCAUGCUCUUAGAGAAUUGCGGCAACCGCAGCUUGUAUUCGAGCAGCGAGCGACUAGACAAGCUUCUUAAUACCACCUCUACGUCACUGCUAAGGGCAACUCUCCGUCUUGGUCACAGGCUGUCGCAGCGCUACCAGGCCGCACGCUUACGCCUAGCACCGGCCUCAAUGCACCCUUCGCUCCUCUCGAGCCACUACAACAUUGGUCUCGACAAGAUUCAGAAGUUAUCCGCACCUUUUUCCAAGGGUCCUGCGGCAGCUACACCGCUUUUCGGCACACCUGCGGGCAAAGGCAAGGACAAAGUAUCUGGCGACCGACGCAACGAGGCAGACAGGUUCAACCCCGCUGAUCUGACCGGGCUGUACAAACUUCCCGAAUCAGCGCUGAAGCAGGAGUUUGGCGGGGUAUCCAUCUCCUACUAUGAGCCGACUGCACCGCCCGAAGAGAGCAACGACAAUCCUUCGGCGCCAAGCACAGAUGCACCCAGCACACCGACGCCAGUGCGCCGAACGUCGAAUAUGCGGAACCAAACCCCACGAACACCCCAGACUGCACCGACUGUAGAGUCGCCGAGCACGCCAGCCUUCACACCAGGAGAGCCGGCUGGCCGACCGAGCGGGCCUAAGAUAUUUGAACUUUCAGCGGACAAGGUUGAAAAGACCGACAUACAUGAUCUACUCAAGCAAGGCCUCGCCGAACUGCCUACGGGUACGCAUUUUGAGCUCUUGCACAAGCUUCGCGUGGCAAAGAUGUUGAGUAGCGGAAGUGCAGGAAGAGAUGAUGCAAUUGCUGUCCGCUUACUCGCGAUUGCCAACAUGGGUUUCGUGCACAGCGAGAAAGAGUUUCACGCUCGUCUAGGUCAACAGGAUGCAGACGAGCCACGGCGACUGCAGUUAGCUUUCCAGCUCUCCGAACUUGUACAGCCACCAGGGGAUGGCCUGAGCGGCCUGUCUACAGAGCUGCAAACUUUCACCUUCAAUGCACUAGAGGCAUUGGCCAAGCACAAGACCAAAUCUGCCGAUGUCUGCACUGCGCUCAGCGUCAACGUGAACCACGGUGUACUGUUUUACAUUGUUCGCAAGCUUGUCGCCGGUCUGGAUGCCACAGAUGGCCAGCAAAUCGACUUCGUAGAGGACGAGUGGCGCGAUGCAGUCUUCUCUCUGCUCAACACUAUUCCUCAGUCUCAAUCACGUACAGGGGAAGGUAUGGUCUCCGCUGGACUCCUUGAGAUCUUGGUCGAAGUCCUCAAGCUUCGAACAGACAAGGCAGAACGCAACCAUCCCAAGAUCCUCAACUUCCUUGAUACAUUUGUCUACAACCUGCAACAUGCGUUCGCAGCUCUCGUUGGUGCUAGAGGGCUGGAAAUCAUUGCUGAUCUCAUGCAAUACGAAGUCGUCACGUCCAAAAAGCUCGCCGAAGAGAACAAGGGCAUGCCUAAAGAGUACAAGACUCAGCUCACCGACUACCAGAUACCAUUUUAUCACCAGCAGACUUUAAGAUGGCUUUUCAAAUUCUUGAACCACAUGAUGUCGCACACAGGCGGUAACUUCGACCGUCUCAUGCGGCAACUCAUUGAUUCUUCGCAACUUCUGACUGCUCUUCGCACUGUGCUUUCCAACGCAAGCAUCUUUGGUUCGACUGUAUGGAGUAUGGCUGUCAACGUCCUUACGAGCUUCAUCCACAACGAGCCAACCAGCUACCAGGUUAUCGCUGAGGCCGGUCUGAGUGAUGCUUUCUUAGAAACGGUGGCUGGUGAGCCAGCUUCAGAAGCAACGGCUGCGGCUAUCGCCAGCCUGUCAGAUACCGCCACCCCUCGACCACAACAUGCGUACACACCACGAGAGCCUGGACAGUCCUUGGCUACAGGUAUUCUUCCAGUAGCUGAAGCGAUUUCAACCCUACCUCCUGCAUUUGGAGCGAUCUGCCUGGCCGAGGCUGGUAUGAAAUUGUUUCAGUCUUCUAAUGCCCUCCAACGGUUCUUCGAGAUCUUUGAGAGCCCGGCUCACGUCAAAGCUCUUGAUGCCGACACUGAGAUGCCUACUAUGAUUGGUAACACUUUCGAUGAACUGGUCCGUCAUCAUCCGCCACUAAAAGCACGUGUCCUCUCGUGUCUGAGCGAGCUGAUAGCCCGCGUCGUACAACUCUGUGCCAACAAAGCAGAGAAGGAAGGUGCUGGUGCAAAAUUGUGGACUGAGGAUUCUGAUGGCAAGCUGUUCGUUGCUGGUGGCCGCCGAGCACUUGUGGGUUCACAAUCGGUGCACGACCGAGCUGAGCAAACGAAUUCUCGUGUUACGGAUGUCGAAAUGGAAGACUCUGACAAGCAGACGACAUCGCAGACUUCUGGAGAAGUUGUGUCAAUCGAUCAGAUUGUUGAUAUGGAAGAUAGCACCCAAGGUCCGACAACCAGUCAGUACAUACGAGUGCUGUGUCGCUUCUUGGGUGGUUUCUUCUCGAAUCAUGCCAUGUGCGCUGCCUAUAUCGAAGCGGAUGGUGUAGAAUCUAUCCUGGACAUAUCCAGCCUUGCUUGCCUUGAUCCAAAAGCCAAGGAAUCACGAAGUAUGAGUGAAGAGUUCGGCCGCGUUGUUCAAGUUCUUGUUGAGCAGAAGCCGCACAUCACUGUACCCUCGUUGAUCAAGCGAACUCAGCGGGCGCUAGAUCAACUCGAACCUCUCUUGAGCCAUUCCAAUGGGUCAGGAUUCUUCGCGCCUUUCACCAGCAACACUUCUCAAGACAGCGAAGUGGUGAAGAAUGGGACGCAUUACGUGAAGUCUCUGGUUUCUGCGCACACGCUCGUAUCCGCUAUGACCCUGACAUUCCAGAGUCAGAUGUUUAGUCCUCGUUCUCAGCACAAUGUCUCAGCCCAAGUCAACCUGGCUGACAUGUACGCGCGCCUCGUUGACAGUCUUGGCAAGCUACAUCGUAGCUGUGUGUGGGAGGAGAUCCUGCUCCAGAGAAAUAUGCCAACAGCUUGGGAGAAGGAGACUCGUAUCAUCAGCCCAGGUUUUGGAGUCGCUGAAGCCGAUCAUAUCUUUGGCAUGGGAAGCAGCAACCGCUCAUCGGAACCAACGGAAGGAGCCACAAGCGAGGACACGACCCCCUCCCAGGAUACAGCAUCUGCGAUCCCCAUUCCUAGCCAGAACAGUGCACAGUUCAAAAACACGCAAACACUCCGCUCGCUCCUCAGCCGGAUACCGCUUGAGAUUGCUCCAUUCUUCCAAUCACUUGGCAGGCUACUGCUCUCUCGCAGAAAUCUAGAGCCUUACCAGAGGCAAUGUGCCACCAUCGUAUCGGAUCAGCUUGCGCAGGCAGUCAUCGACCAGCUCCAAUUUGAGGCACCCAAAGAGUCGGGAUCAGUUGAGGAUCGAUACGCGUACUGGAUUGUCACCCUAACAUCGUUGUCGCAGCUCAUGAUUGACCCUCACAUGGAGAGGACCCAAGCGCUGACUCUGCUCCUUGUCUCUUUCAGAAAUCUGGGCGGCUUUGAAGUUCUUGCCGACGUGCUAAACAAGUUCUACGAGUCAGCUUCGGAUGCCUCUCGUAAAGAGGGCGACGAUGCAAGUGAGGAGAGCAAGCGGCUUCUACACCUUUCGCUCGGUGGUAUCAAGAUUAUGCUGGCUUUCUAUGCGCAAAUCAUCAACAACAAGACUAUAAGCGAAUCACCGCAGACGUCUUCAAUGCAGUCUCGGCCAGACCGUGAUAGGGAUCGCGCAGACUACUUCUCUACAGCCCAGUUCUUGGUCGAACUACGUUAUGCCGUCAUUAAGCCUGUCGAAAAGAUAUGGAACUCUGAUCUUAUCGACAAAGCAACCACCUCGAUAGUGAAGACGUCCAUCAACAUCCUGAAGUCUGUGCUUGAGUGCGAGGGUGAGCACGGGGCUUCGAAGAGCGUGGACAAGAUUCCCAGGCGAAGCAAGCCCAUCAUCAAGCCUUGGACUCCCCGCAACGGCGAGCACAUGAAUCGCUUGAAAGAGGCAGAGUUCGAUGAAGGCCUGGCUGAAGAAGCGCUCUAUCGCUGCUGUGACAACUAUCCUUUAGCGCUUGAUUAUUGUCAAAACCAAACUCGUCAGCAGUCUUCAAAAAAUCCAAUUCCUCAGUACGAAAUUGAGGCUCGAGGCCCGCCGUCUGCAUCACCCAGCCGAGCGGAGGUUGUAGUACCUGAACACGCCGAUAACGCUAGCAUCUCUACAGGCGAAGACACCAAUGACGAGAGCACUUCAGAAGUACCGGAUACUCGGUCCGUACAAAUGGAGGACGUUGCUGCUGCGGACGCCUCUCAAGACAUGUCGGAUGCGACUCCCAGCACGCCAGUGCCUGACGGUCAGCCAACACAAACUUUUGUUGCGCCGCACGAUGCUCUGGCUUACCAAAAGCGAAUGGCCGUUGGCAACAAAGCAGAAGCUGUUGCCCUGGACGACUUGGACCAGGAGCGUGUUAUGCUUCGUCAAAAUUUGGUGGAUCGUUCGCUCGAUAUUCUCAACUCUCACGACGGUGUAACCUUUGAGUUGGCCGAACUCAUCACCGCAGCCGUUGCAAAGGCAUCUGACACAACGGCCAUGCGCUCCGAAAUCGGCGUGACACUGGUUCAGUCUUUGAUCUCUUACCAGAGCGAAGAGGACUUCCGAUCGCAAGGCAAGAAGAUAGCAGCUUCCGCUCACUUGCUCGCUCUGGUGCUGCAGGAGAAGGAUUUUUACGAAGUGAUUGUGGAGGAGUUGAAGGACAACUUCGCUACGCUGUUGGGGUUCAUCAAGAUUUUCCCAGAUCAGACACCAGAGGAAUCAUCGCCCUGGAUCGGACAGGUGCUUCUCAUUAUCGAGCGACUGCUGGCGGAAGACCAAUUGCCCCGCCAGAUCCAGUGGACACCUCCUACUGCAGAAUCGCAAACAGAAACCUCUGUCGAUGAUCUGCCGGAGCCCAUCAUAAGCACAGACGAGAAAAACCUUCUGUUUCAGGCAAUCAUGGACGUGCUCCCUCGUAUUGGCAAGGACGAGUCUUUGGCUCUAUCGGUCACCCGUGUCUUAGUCAUGCUUACUCGGACGCGAAAGAUCGCAACACGUUUGGCAGAGAAGCGCAACAUUCAGCGCAUCUUCCUCAUGGUCAAGCAACUUGCUGGCGUAACGAAUGAAGGUCUACGCAGCGCGUUCAUGAUAGUGCUCCGUCACAUGAUCGAGGAUGAUGCCAUGAUCAGACAGCUCAUGCGCACAGAGAUCCAGCAGAUCUUCGAGACGCGCGAACGCAGACAGACGGACACGACUGCCUACACCCGUCAGAUGUAUGCUCUCGCUAUCCGCGCCCCCGAGAUCUUUGUCGAGGUCACCAAUGAGAAGCUACAACUGACACGCUUUGACCCUAACCAACGUUCUCAGACUCUGACACUCAAACGCGAAGAGAUUCCUGUCGUAGAUACGAGUGUUAACGCAGGGCCCUCGGAUAUAACAGCUGAGGCAGACAGGCCAAAGGAAUCAAGCGAGCUCUCAACACAGAAGCCAACCUUGGAGCGUACCAAGACCACUGAUCUGAAACUCCCCGUUGUCGAGAAUCCAGACGGUGUCAUCCAUUACCUGCUUUGCGAGCUGCUCGCAUACAAGGAGAUCGAGGACAAAACAGAGCCUCCGAAGCCUACAGAGUCUACGACAGAGAUCUCAGGGACUCCGGAAGAUGCUGGUGACGUGCAGGCCACUCCGGAAGGAGCGUCGACUCCUUCUACCACGGCAGCAGAGACGAACAAGCCCGAGAAGCCAGCCUUUAAGGCUGAUGCACACCCAAUUUAUAUCUAUCGAUGUUUCGUCCUCAAGUGUCUCGCGGAACUGUUACAAAGCUACAACCGUACGAAGAUCGAGUUCAUUAACUUCUCACGCAAGGCCGACCCGUACACAAUGACACCGUCGAAACCUCGAUCUGGUGUGUUGAACUACCUUCUCAGCAACCUGGUCCCUAUUGGCACCUUGAACCAUGAAGGCGAUCUGGCAUUCAAGAAGAAGCUUGCAACUUCAAAUUGCGCGGUUGACGUCAUUGUCUCCCUUUGCAACAAGACCGGAGAGAACGCUUUGCCAAAGACCGAAGCAAAUCAGUUGUCUCCCUAUGCCGAGACGGAGCCAGAUUUGCUCUUUGUGCGCAAAUUUGUCCUUGAACAUGCCCUGAAAGCUUUCAAGGAUGCCAACGCUUCUGAUGAAGCGCUCGACAUCAAGUACUCCCGGCUGCUAGGCAUCGCUGAUACAUUCUCAAGAAUGGUGUCGCAACGAGCGAACGGCGAGAUGCUCACACAAAACGCCGAUCUUACUCCGAACCUCAAGCAGAUGGCCAAGAUCAUGUACGAGAAAAACUUCAUCACGAUCUUGACGACCGCCAUUUCGGACAUUGAUCUCAACUUUCCAAACGCGAAGCGAGUUGUCAAGUAUAUCCUGAAGCCACUCAAGUGGUUGUGCUAUGUCGCAAUGGACCUUAGCACACACUACGACGAUUCCUCGGCGCCUGACUCUGCAGAUGAGUCUGAGAUCUCGACAGCAUCCGACGAUGAUCUUGUUGACAAUGCACGCGAGGAGACACCUGACCUUUUCCGCAACUCUACUCUAGGGUUAUUCGAAGCUCACGACAAUUCCGAAUCUGAAGAUGACGAGGAGGAAGAUGACGAAGAGAUGAUGUACGACGAUCCAUAUGCUGAUGACAUGGAGUUCGACGAGGGCGGAGAACUAGGCGAUGAUGAUGUUGUUUCUGAGGAGGACGAGGAGAUGCUGGAGAUGGACAUUGACGAUAUGGGCCCCAUUGAAGGACUACCCGGUGAUGUUGACGUUGAGAUCGAGCUCGACGAUGGUCACGAGGGCCUGGAUUCGGGCACUGAUGAUGACUCAGAAGAGGACGAGGAUGACGAGGAUGAUGAAGAUAUGGAUGAAGACGAUGACGACGACGACGAAGUCAUGGAUGACGAGGCUGCAAUGGAGGCGAUGGACGAACUGGUUGAAGAAUUCGAAGAAGUCACCGGUGACGAUGAAGGCGGUAGUCUUGCUGACGACCAGGAAGACUGGAGUGACGAGGGCGAUGAUUUUCCUCCUGGUAUGAACGGAGGCAACAUGCCUUCGAACCCUCUUAACGACUUCAUCCUCGACCCACCCCAGCUUCUUGAACAGAUGCGUCAGGGCGGUGACAUUGAGGACUUCCUGGGUGAUGAGAUGGGCGAAGAUGGCGAUGGAGAUGAAGAAGAAGAGUACGAUGAAGAUGACAUCCACUACGAUCCCGGGAUGGAGGAUGACGAAGAGGGUAUGCCUGAGCUUGGUUGGGGCGGUAAUGGUUGGGACGAGCCAGUCGCUCCGACUUCCCGACACACCCAUCGACUGAGCCCUUGGAUGUUCCCUGCCGGACCUGGCGACCGCAUUCUUGUUCCAGCUUACCGUUCCCAUCGCCCAGGUGCCAGCCCACGAGCAACAGAUGAUGGCAUCAACCCUCUCCUUCAACGCAGCAGUCGAUCGCACGGCCGUGACGGGCCCGCUAAUGGGCGGGGUGAGAGCGAUUGGGUCCACGCUAUUGAGGGGCGAGGCCCUCGUGCAGUCAAUGCUGACAGCCCUGUGUCCUUUAUCAGCAAUCUGCUCAACGCCAUGAGCCAAGGCAAUCCACCACAGCUACAACAGCAUGGCGGGGCUAUCCAUCUCUCCUUCAACAAUCUUCCAAUGGGUCUUCCUCCACCAUUUGACGUAGGCUUCCAUCGCAACAUGGUGCCUCCAAGGCCAGGAAACCUGUCACGCUCCGGACGAGAAGAUCCGCACUCAGCAGUGGCCUUUUCGAAAGCCUACACCAGUCAGCGCUGGCAAGAGGAGGCCAGAAUACUCUAUGGACCAGCCGCCAUCGAGAAGAGCCAACGUGUUAUCAACUCAAUCCUGAAGCUCGUGGUACCUCCAGCCAUGGAAGCAGCUAAGAAGCGACAAGAAGAACGGGAAGCUGAGGCUGCCCGUAAGCUCAAGGAAGAAAUAGAGCGCAAGGAGCAGAAGGAGCGCGAAGAGCGUGAAGCUCGUGAGAAAGAGGAGAAAGAGCGACAAGAACGUGAGGCUGCUGAAGCUGCCGAAGCCGCCAGUCGUGCGACAGAAACCGUUGCAUCAGACCGGGCCAACGAGCAGCCUGCAACAACAUCCGACAGUACGUUGAUGGAGGGCAUUGAAGCAGACCAAACAGCGCCUGAAGCACCCACCGAACCAGCCGAACCAGUGCAGCGUAUUACUACCACGCUUAGGGGUCGUGAGUAUGACAUCACGGAGCUUGGCAUUGACCUCGAGUACCUCGAUGCUUUACCCGAGGAGCUGCGGGAAGAGGUGUUGCUGCAACAAGUCGCUGAGCGACGUCAAGAGCAACGUCAGCAGCAAGCACAGCAGGCGCGUCAACAACAGCAGCAGCAACAACAACAGCAGUCGUCUGGUCAAGCCGGACAAGCCAGCGAUGCUGCCCAAGCUGAGGAGCCCACUGGACUUGACGAAGAGUUUUUGGCUGCACUUCCACCAGAGAUGCGCGCAGAGCUACUUCAACAAGAAGCAUCCGACCGACGAAGACGUGAGCGAGAGGAGAAUCGCCGACGUCAUGUUGCAGAUGCUGGCCCUGUGGCGCCUCAAGCAGAGGAGAUUGAUGCUGCCAGCUUCUUCGCAACACUGGAUCCUGCUUUGCGAGCUGCCGUACUUAUGGACACGGACGAGGAAACCUUGCGUCAACUGCCACCAGAGAUCUCUGCGGAAGCCCGCGCAUACGGCGGUGAUCGCCGCUUGAAUCAAUUCGAGUUCGGCUACCAACGCGGCGGACGUCGAGGUCAACUGGACGACGCUUCACAGAAGAAGAAGGCUCGGCCCUGCGUUCAGAUGCUUGACAAGGCAGGUGUUGCAACCUUGCUGAGGCUCAUGUUCAUUCCUCAGCAGGGCAGUGCCAAGUCCAGCCUCAGCGCGAUCCUCAGAUAUGUUUGUGAGAAUAGACAGAACCGCGCAGAAGUCAUCAGCAUCCUACUGUCAAUCCUCCAGGAUGGUAGCGCCGACGUCAAUGCUGUUGAGCGCAGCUUUGCCCAACUCUCACUUCGUGCAAAGCAGCCUCAACUGCCUGCGGACAAGACCCCAAAACUGUCACGCAAGAACGGAGCACUGUCCAUCAACUCGGACGUGUCGCCACUCAUGGUAGUACAGCAGUGUCUUAAUACCCUUGCGCAACUGACAGAGAAGAACCCCGCUGUCUGGCAAUUCUUCUUAACCGAACACGAAACAGGAGUAGGUUUCAAGAACCGUGGAAACCGCAAGGGCAAAGGCAAGGAUGCCAAGUCAACACGGUACCCUGUCAACGCACUCUUAACGCUACUGGACCGCAAGCUUAUUGUGGAGAGCUCCUCAAUAAUGGAGCAGCUGACGAAUCUUCUUCGGAUUAUCACGAUUCCCCUGCAGCAAAUCAAGAAAGACAAGGAAAAGGCUGCAGAAGAAGCAAAGAAGGCAGCUGAAACCGCCGCGGCAGGCGAGAGCCCCAAGAUUCCAGCGACUGGAUCUGAGCAAGCAAACUCUGGCUCAACAGAUCAGCCAUCGGGCCAGGACACUGGUGCAUCAGCUAUUGCUGAUACGGCUGCGUCAACCGCUACAGCCACGCAGAGCGAAGACAACCCGAUGAAACCAGAGGAGGCCAGGGCCGAAGAAGAGAAGGGUAAAAAGCACAAGACUAUUACGCCACCAGACAUCCCUGAAAACAAUCUGCGUUUGGUUGCCAAAAUCCUCGCUGCCCGCGAGUGCAACAGCAAAGUCUUCCAGGAAACACUUUCGGUCAUUAGCAACCUCUCGCCAAUCCCGGGCGCAAAGGAGAUAUUCGGGCAAGAACUUCUUGGCAUUGCAAAGGAUCUGGCCACGUCGAUACUCGAUGACCUUGCCAGCUUGACAGCUCAGGUUUCGAAAGCAGAGUCUCACACAGACGUCCAGGGCAUUGCUCUGGCCAAGUUCUCACCUGCAACCUCCGACCAGACGAAGUUGUUGCGAGCUUUGACUGCGCUUGACUACCUGUUCGACCCUUCGCGCGAUAAUAAGGACAAGCCCGAGGCCAAUGCGGAAGCACUGGAGCCCAAGCAGAAGGAGGAUAUCUUGUUGACACUCUACGAAGAUGCGGCGUUCGCACCGCUUUGGACCAAACUCAGCGACUGUCUGACCGUCAUUCGCGAACGCGGCAAUAUGCUCAAUAUCGCUACCACGUUGCUCCCACUUAUCGAGUCUCUCAUGGUGGUCUGCAAGAACACCACUCUCAAGGAACUUCCACUGGCCAAGAUGUUGCCAAAAGAGUUUGCUCUCACCAGCCCACCACCAGAGAGCAAGAUGGAAAACCUCUUCUUUAAAUUCACGGAGGAUCAUCGAAAGAUCUUGAACGACCUUGUCCGUCAAAAUCCUAAAUUGAUGAGUGGCACUUUCUCUUUGUUGGUCAAGAAUUCCAAGGUACUAGAGUUUGACAACAAGCGCAACUAUUUCAACCGAAAGCUUCACUCUCGGGGAAGCGACCGUCAACCACAUCCGCCACUCCAGCUCUCGGUGCGUAGGGACCAGGUGUUUCUAGAUUCUUUCAAGUCUUUGUACUUCAAGACCGCAGAAGAGAUGAAAUAUGGCAAGCUCAGCAUUCGGUUCCACGGCGAAGAAGGUGUCGACGCUGGUGGCGUAACUCGCGAAUGGUUUCAGGUCAUUGCACGCCAGAUGUUCAACGCCGACUACGCACUGUUCGUACCUGUCGCAUCCGACCGAACCACCUUCCAUCCAAACCGACUUAGCUCUAUCAACCCAGAACACCUAAUGUUCUUCAAGUUCAUUGGACGCAUCAUCGGCAAAGCGCUCUACGAGAAUCGCGUUCUCGAUUGUCAUUUCAGUCGAGCGGUCUACAAGCAGAUCAUGAGCAAGCAAGUCAACCUGAAGGACAUGGAAACUCUGGAUCUUGAGUACUACAAAUCCUUGGAGUGGAUGUUGCACAAUGAUAUCACAGACAUCAUCACCGAGACGUUUUCGACUGAGGUGGAGGCAUUUGGUGAGAUGCAGACCGUGGAUCUCAUCGAGGACGGCCGCAACAUUCCGGUGACGGAGGAGAAUAAGCAUGAGUACAUCCGUCUCAUCACAGAGUACCGUCUCACAGGCGCCGUGCAGGAGCAGCUUCAGGAGUUCCUGAGGGGCUUCCAUGAUAUCGUACCAGCUGAAUUGGUCUCUAUUUUCAGCGAACAAGAGCUCGAACUCCUGAUUUCCGGUCUGCCUGAUAUCAACGUUGAUGACUGGAAGAACAACACAGAGUACCACAACUACACAGCAGCUUCGCCCCAGAUUCAAUGGUUCUGGCGUGCUGUUCGUACCUUUGAGAAGGAAGAGCAAGCAAAACUUCUUCAGUUUGUCACCGGUACCAGUAAAGUACCACUGAACGGCUUCAAGGAACUCGAGGGUAUGAACGGCUUCUCGAAGUUCAACAUCCAUCGCGACUAUGGUAGCAAGGAUCGCUUACCGUCGAGCCAUACUUGCUUCAACCAGCUUGACCUUCCCGAGUAUGAGUCUUACGAGGAUCUCCGCAAGGCCCUUUACACCGCCAUGACCGCUGGUGGCGAGUAUUUUGGCUUCGCCUAA